CUUCCUGCACCUUUCCUCCCGUGACUGUGGCCGACUGCCUCCUCCUCGGGGCCGGGCCAUGGGCGGGGACCGUUGCCGGGGUAUUAAAGGGAGGCUCGCCCGCGGCUGGAUUGCCUGUACCCGUGCGGUGGUGAACCCGCAGCUCAGUCUUGCGGGAGGACGCCCCGCGGGAGCCCGUGUACGGCGGCCCCGAACUCUAAGGUGUAAAGUUACUGCUUUAAAGACAUCAUCUUCUGGCUUCCAUCAUUUCCAGGACAUGUACUGUAAUUCCUGUCUUUGUUACUCUGUAAGUGAUGUGUGUCUGCCUUCAGAAGCACACUCUGAGCAACAGUGAUUGGAAGUAAACUAUCUCCAGAAAUGUCUUCAGAAAAUAAAGAGCAACAUGACCUCUCACCGAGGGACUUACCUGAAGAACCCUAUGGUUUCCCAUCUGAGCUCCCCCUGGAGGCUCAAAGAGGAUCAAGCACUGACUUGAGGCAGUUUGAGACCAGUGAUCCACGGAGAGCUUUCCGUAGGAUCCACAUGGAACUUCAUGAGAAACCAGAGACUAACAUCAAACAGUUUGUCAUCAGAAAGCUCCAGAAGAGUUGCCAGUGUAGUGCAGCCAAAGUCAGACAUGGGAUUUUCGAUUGCUUUCCUGUAUUGCGGUGGCUCCCAAAAUAUGAUUUGAAGAAAAACAUUUUGGGCGAUGUGAUGUCUGGCCUGAUUGUGGGUAUACUGUUGGUGCCCCAGUCUAUUGCUUACUCCCUGUUGGCUGGCCAGGAGCCUGUCUAUGGUCUAUAUACAUCAUUUUUUGCCAGCAUUAUUUAUUUCCUGUUUGGUACCUCCCGCCACAUCUCUGUGGGCAUUUUUGGAAUACUGUGCCUUAUGAUUGGUGAGGUAGUUGACCGAGAACUACAUAAAGCCUGCCCUGACACUGCUGCUACAUCGUCUCCGCUAGCAGUGGUUUCAAAUGGAUCUGUGGUGGUAAACCAAACAUUAGACGGACUCUGUGACAAAAGCUAUUAUGCAAUUAAAAUUGGCAGCACUGUGACAUUCAUGGCUGGAGUUUAUCAGGUAGCGAUGGGCUUCUUUCAAGUAGGCUUUGUCUCUGUCUACCUCUCUGACGCCUUGCUGAGCGGGUUUGUCACUGGUGCCUCCUUCACCAUCCUCACUUCCCAGGCCAAGUACCUCCUUGGGCUGAGCCUUCCUCGGAGUCAUGGAGUAGGCUCAGUCAUUACUACCUGGAUCCACAUCUUCAGAAACAUCCAUAAGACCAACAUCUGUGAUCUCAUCACCAGCCUUUUGUGUCUCCUGGUCCUUGUGCCAACCAAAGAACUCAAUGAACACUUCAAGUCCCAGCUCAAGGCACCAAUUCCCAUCGAGCUCAUUGUCGUUGUGGCAGCCACACUGGCUUCUCAUUUUGGAAAACUUAAUGAGAAUUACAAUUCCAGUAUUGCUGGAAAAAUUCCCACUGGGUUUAUGCCACCCAAAGCACCAGACUGGAGCCUCAUUCCUAAUGUGGCUGUAGAUGCAAUAGCUAUUUCUAUCAUUGGGUUUGCUAUCACUGUAUCACUUUCUGAGAUGUUUGCCAAGAAGCAUGGCUACACGGUCAAAGCAAACCAAGAAAUGUAUGCCAUUGGCUUUUGCAAUAUCAUACCUUCCUUCUUCCACUGCAUAACUACUAGUGCUGCUCUCGCAAAGACAUUGGUUAAAGAGUCAACAGGCUGCCAGACGCAGCUGUCAGCUAUAGUGACAGCCCUUGUUCUUUUGUUGGUCCUUCUGGUAAUAGCUCCUUUAUUCUAUUCCCUUCAAAAAUGUGUCCUUGGUGUGAUCACUAUUGUAAAUCUCCGGGGUGCACUUCUGAAAUUUAGAGACCUGCCAAAGAUGUGGAGGCUCAGCCGAAUGGAUACAGUUAUCUGGUUUGUGACUAUGCUGUCCUCUGCUCUGUUAAGCACUGAAAUAGGCCUGCUUGUAGGGGUUUGUUUUUCAAUGUUUUGUGUGAUCCUCCGUACUCAGAAGCCAAAGAUUUCACUGCUUGGUUUGGAAGAAGAAUCUGAAACCUUUGAAUCCAUUUCCACUUACAAGAACCUUCGGAGUAAGUCAGGCAUCAAGGUUUUCCGCUUCAUAGCCCCUCUCUACUACAUAAACAAAGAGUGCUUUAAAUCAGCUUUAUACAAGAAAACUCUAAACCCAGUCUUGGUAAAGGCAGCUUGGAAAAAGGCAGCAAAGAGGAAACUCAAAGAGGAAACAGUGACUUUUCGUGGGGACCCGGAUGAAGUUUCACUGCAGCUUUCCCAUGAUCCCUUGGAGGUGCACACUAUCGUAAUUGACUGUAGUGCAAUACAGUUUUUAGAUACAGCAGGGAUCCACACACUGAAAGAAGUUCGCCGGGAUUAUGAAGCCAUUGGUAUCCAGGUUUUACUGGCUCAGUGCAAUCCUUCUGUGAGGGAUUCUUUAGCCAGAGGAGAAUAUUGCAAAAAGGAAGAAGAAAAUCUCCUCUUCUACAGUUUGUCUGAAGCGGUAGCUUUUGCAGAAGACUCUCAGAAGCAGAAAGGGGUGUGCGUUGUCAAUGGUCUGAGUCUUUCUGGUGACUGAGAAAGUUAAUCUGAGUCUUUCUGUUGGCUGGGAAAGUUAAUAAAAGGAAAAAUAGUCUUGCCAGUUUCAGUGUGCAACAUUUUCUACCUUGAAAGGAGAAAGCGGUGCACUCUUGAAAUAGUUCUCCUUUGCAGCUAGCCUUUUGAUCGUCUCAUGUGCAGUAGAGCUUUUGGAAUCAAAAAGAAGUAAGUGUUGUGGCUUCCAGCUUUCAUGCAAAUAGCAUUCUUAGGGUACAGUGUAAACAGAAUUGAACUGCAAAGCAGCCCCCAACUUAAUUGCCUUACUUUAGGAACUGUAUAUCUGAACUCUAUCCCCAGGAUGCAGAGGAACAUAAAGUUGGGAUUUGCUUUACACACACUGGAGCCUUUGCAUGGCUCUGGAGACGGCAAGAAAGGAGGCAGUGUUGCUGGUACAGAGGCUGGCAAAGCACGAGGGCCUAAGGAGACAAGGUCUGACCUUGCUGGUGUGUCUCUGUCUGGGUUUGCUCCCCAGACAGCAGUAAGAUCUCUUGCUGAUAGUUGGAAAUCACCAUCUUUCCUUUUCUUCACACAGGAACCGUGCCAGAGUCUCAUAAGAGAAUCUGACCCUCACAGCCAGCCUGACACUAUUGUACAGACCCCGUGUUAUAAAUAUCUGGUGUGUUAGUCAUCCCUUUGUAUUUAGAAUAAGUAGGCAAGGAAAGAGUUUAAAACCCGAACAGUAGUGGAAGCCGUCGUCUUUCUUCAUCUCUGUCUCUGUCUUUGAGAAUUUGUCUAAUGUUAAGCUCUGUCUCACCUUUGACUUACUCUCAAUGUUUCCCCAGAAUCCUUGCUAAAUUGGCAUUUCUGAACACGAGUGGCAGUGUUGUCAGGGAAAGCAGAAUAUUGGCUCAGCAGCUUCUUACAACACAGUGAAUGGGCUCGUGGUGCACAUUCAAGGAGAG